CAGAGUCCAGAGUCGGGGUCCUCAGCGAGGCCAGGGCUCAACACCAGAGUCAGCCACUUUGCUCUUCUCCAAGUUUAUUCUUCUGGUCCUGUCUCAGAUUUACUCACCUGGGAGAACCUUCCUUCAAGACCAAUUGCCCCAGCCAGGGCCGUCUGUCUUGCCUGUGUUCAGCCCACGGUGUUCCCAUGGAGCCUCUCCUUCAGGUCAGACACGGACAAGCCAAGCUCUGCAGCAGAAGUUUUAACAGACACAGUCGAGUGCUUCUCAGACUACAUGACCCUGUGGAUCCCGAGGAGCCACGUGGAGGGGCUGAGGCGGUGGCUGGCCAGGACCUUGCACUUGCCAGGCACCUGGAGGUCCCCUGACCACCUGGAUUCUUCUCUUGCUAAAUGUGGCUACUUCUUGCAUCCGGCUUCAGAUGGUGACUUCCUUUUUCAAGUUCAAUACUCGGCCUGCUUUGUGCAGAAAGAGAAAGCAAAUUACAGGCUGGAAAUCAGAAUAUUUCAGAAAGGGGUGACGGGGUUGGAGCGGAGUGAUCGCUACCUAAUGAAGUGUCCGAUGCUAAGGUCAAGGCUGGGUCACGAAAGCGUCCACUGUGGGCCCAUGUUCAUCCAGGUCUCCCGGCCCCUGCCCCUGUGGAGUGACAAUAGACAGACUCCAUGGCUGCUGUCCCUUCGAGGGGAGCUGGUGGCUUCUCUUGAAGACGCCAGCCUGAUGGGACUGUAUGUGGACAUCAACACCACCACUGUCACCAUCCAAAGCCCGAGACAAGGCCUUCUUCAGAGGUGGGAGGUGCUGAACACCUCUGCUGAGCUCCUGCCACUAUGGCUGGUGAGCGGUCACCAUGCCUAUUCUUUAGAAGCUGCUUGCCCACCGGUGUCAUUCCAGCCAGAGUCGGAGGUCUUAGUUCACAUCCCCAAGCAGAGACUGGGUCUAGUCAAAAGAGGUUCCUACAUUGAGGAAACCCUGAGCCUCAGAUUCCUCCGAGUCCACCAGUCCAACAUCUUUAUGGUGACUGAGAACAAGGACUUUGUGGUGGUCAGCAUUCCGGCGGCCGGGGUGCUCCAGGUCCAGCGAUGCCAAGAAGUCAGAGGAACCCUGGGAACACAAGCUUUCUAUAGGGUAGACCUGAGCCUGGAAUUUGCCGAGAUGGCUGCCCCAGUCCUCUGGACAGUGGAGAGCUUCUUCCAAUGUGUGGGUUCAGGAACAGAGUCGCCUGCCUCAACUGCUGCACUGAGGACCACUUCCUCCCCGCCAUCCCCAGGACCAGAGACCCCUCCAGCGGGAGUGCCAUCUGCUGCUUCCUCCCAGGUGUGGGCUGCAGGACCAGCUGCCCAGGAAUGGCUUUCUCGGGACCUCCUGCACCGGCCUUCCGAUGUGCUGGCCAAGGCACGUCUAUGGCUGUAUCCUCUGCCCAUGGUUUCCUCCAAAGAGUCCGGUCCCCAUGAGAAGGGGCUUGGACCAUUCCUGCAAACAGCCAAACCGGUGAGAAGAGGCCAGACAUCUGCCUCCAUUUUCCCCAGAGUGGUGCAAGCUCAGCGAGGUCCCCAGGCUCCCCCAGGGGAAGCAGGGUUCCCUGGACACCCCACACCUCCAGCCACGCUCCCCUCGGAGCCUGUAGAGGGUGUCCAGGCUAGUCCCUGGCGGCCACAUCCAGUCUUGCCAGCGCACCCGGCUCUGACCCUGCCCGUGUCCUCAGAUGCCUCCUCUCCUUCACCGCCAGCUCCGAGGCCUGAACGAUCUGAAUCGCUCCUGGUCUCAGGACCAUCUGUCACCCUGACUGAAGGUCUAGGAACUGUGAGGCCUGAGCAGGACCCUGCCAAGUCUCCAGGAAGUCCCCUCCUGCUGAGAGGGCUGUCAGGGGGGGAUGUGGCUGCACCCGAGCCCAUCAGGGGGGAGCCCGGCCAAGCCAGUGAGGAGUUCCAGCCAUUGACAAGGCCCUGGCGGGUCAGACUGGCUGCAGAGGAGCUGGUUUCUCACCAUUCUCCUAGAAAGCCCCAGGAAACAUCCUCUGGAAUGGAGGUGGAGAGGCCACGCCAGACAGGGCCUGGUCUCCCCAGGGAGGGGGCCAGGGGGCGCGUGGACGUUUCAUCCUCAGAACCAAGCCAGGACAUGGAGAGGCUGGGACUCUCCAUCCUGCUGGGGAGGGAUGCCACAUUCUCCACCCCAAGUGUGAGGCAGCCAGACCCCAGUGCCUGUGCCAGGGCCUCAGGACCCGAACUUACCGGGAUGCCCAGGGUGAGGCCGGCAGUGCCCCUGGCAGUUCUUCCUAUGGAACCUCUGCCACCAGAACCUGUUCACCCAGCAGCUCUUCUGACACCCGAAGCCUCAUCUGUAGGAUGGCCAGACCAGGCCCGAUACCUGGAGUCAGCCCCUGGCUGGCCUGUGGGCCAGGAGGAGUCGGGGGUUGCACACACAUCCAGCCCUCCAUCCACGCAAACCCUGAGCCUGUGGGCUCCCACAGGAGUGUCGAUACCCAGCCUGGUGGAGCUUGAACACCCCUUCCAGGCUGGCCGGGGGGCCUCACUCCAGCAGGAGUUGACAGAGCCCACCUUGGCCCUCAGUGCUGAAAGCCACAGGCCUCCUGAGCUUCAGGACAGUGUGGAGGGGCUUUCUGAGAGGCCCCCACGCUGAGCCUCCAUGGAGACUUCAGGGUGGACCCCCAGACGCCCACCUCCAGGCAGACCCAUCACUGGAAGUGGGAUUUGAAAUGCAGCCAAGAAGAGGAGACCGUCGGCAACGCCCGCCCGGAACAAG